CUUUGACUUCCUAGUCACGGCUUCAGUCCGAGUUAAAUUAUUUUAUUUUAUUUUAUAUUUUUAAGAUCGAUAAAUGAAUCCGGGUUAAACUUGAACCAAUCUUUCUGUGGUUCUUCGUCUUUGGUCCUUUCCAAUGGAAACCCACUUCUAGAAUGGUGCUAUAUGCUCAACUGCUACCUCCGCUCCUAAAAAUACGAACCCAAAGAUGGCGGACUUGCCGGAGGAGCAUUUUGUAACGUUAAACAAUGAGAACUAUGACGUGAUUUGUUGGGGUUGUGGGUUGCGGCUUCUGAUUCCGUCUCACGCGCCUAUUUUCAAGUGUGGUUGGUGUGGAGCCGUGACAAACCAAAAUGCGCAGAAGCGUGAAUGCAAGCACUUCUGGUUGAGACGAUUGCGAGAUCGUUUCUUCGUUAGCGUACUCCUCGCGUAUAUGGUAUUUGUUAUAUGUGGUGGAGUGUGGGCAGUAUACCAGGUUGUUUUCUCCAUCAGCUACUACUGUGGGAUAUUCCAUUCCACCGUCACCUUGAUCCUAUCUGUAGCUACUAUUUAUACAUUAUUUUCUGCCGCAUUUGGCUGUGCUGGCACACCUCCAAGCGUGUCAUGGGGAAGCUACCCAACUGUGGGGAAAGGUCACCUCGAGAACUAUACAUUCUGCCUUUACUGCUCAAAACCAAAGUCACCUAGAGCUCAUCAUUGUCGUUCGUGUGGAAAGUGUAUACUAGACAUGGAUCAUCACUGUCCAUUUAUUGGGAACUGUGUUGGUGCAGCGAACCACUGGCACUUCAUCAUGUUCCUCAUUUCAGCUGUCAUCAGUACAAUUUACGUCUCGUUCAUGUCUACAUAUGUAGGUCUGCAUGUCUGGCCACCAUUAUCAUAUAGAUCUUUAAGCCGCAUGAAUGGGCAUAGCAUGAGUAUGGCUUUAACAGCUCUCAAAGAGGUCAUAUUUGCCUUGUUAAGAUCUGCAGUGCUUCUAUCUGCUAGAGGCAUUGUUCUUGUAUAUCUUUUCAUUUCGAGUGUUUCGGUGGGGCUCGGGUUGAGCGUACUUCUAUGGCAGCAGCUCCGUUAUAUUUACGAGGGAAAAACAUACUUGAGUCUUCUAAGUUCGCGCGGCAACGACAAUGUUGGAGAGAAAGGUUGCCAGAAUCUGUCGCGUUUCUUCGGAUGUCCUUAUUCUUUGUCAAGAUAUUUACCAAAUUUUCAGAAGAAGAGACACGAGAAAUGAAAGGCGUAUACAUGUUAUGUAACAUAUUAUCACACACUCUUCUCAAUAUGUCUCUUGUUAUAAUUAUUAUUUUUGAAUUUAUGUUUUCGACAAACAUGGCAUAUAAGCCUUUCACUGUGUAACUUAUACUGGAUAAUGUUGCGUGCUUUAUUUAAGCUGUAGCAUAUGGUUUUAUUCAGUUA